AACUCUCUUUUGUCUUGCUCAAUUAAUGCUAUACAUUUCAAGCUCAAAUUGUCAAAUUUCCCUUUUUCUUGAAUUAGUUUCUUUCUUGUUUUUGUUGAUUCUAUAGUGGAGUACUAUUCAUCCCUCUUAAUUUUUGUUGAAAUCCUAUCGGAGGCACACAAAAAACAAAUUGGUGAUUUUUUCCCGUUUGCAUUAGUCUAGGUGGGCUGAUUUAUCCAUACUUGUGCUGGGAGGUAUGAGAUGCCUGGUAAAAUAGUGGGGGUGCAUACAAAUUGGCCGGAAUACUACCCUCAUAAAAAGGAAGAGAUUUAAUGUAUUUAAAAUGAUGAAAGAUACUAUAGUACCCUUCAGUAAUAGAUGAUUUUGUUUUUUCAUUUUAAAUAACAAAAAUGUUGAAUUUACCUUAACUGCUUAACAAAAUAUCCAGAUACCUUCAGUCUAUCAUGUACAUACUGAACGACAAUCUUUUCGCUAUAUUGUUUCUUGGAUUCAAAGAACGAUAGUGGCAAUGAUGGAGCACCUUCCAAGAAAUAAGGUGACUAGCUGGAAGCUUUUGAAAUCCCAACAACAUUGUUAUAUAAAUUUGGUGGGAAGUGAGCGUUUUAGUGGCUUUGGGGAUGGGGAGUCUAUUGCAUCGGGAGUAUAGAGAUUGAUUUUACCCAAGGACCCCUUUAGCAAACCAAGAAUAUAGUCGACAAAGAGAUUUCUAAGUUGUGAAAGUUUUCGUUAUCUAGGAAUAUUGGUGGCAUCAGCUGCAUCUCAUUACAAAAGCAAAAAAGGGAAAAUGUUCAUUGAAUUUUCCUAAUUAACAACGUGAUUUGCUAGACAGCUUGCUUCAAUCUUGUCUUAGAAGAGUUCAUAUCAUGAAAAUUCUUAACUCCUUUUUGCAGUUAAAAGGAGAACUUGAAAGGGCUCACUUGAAUUGUUUCCCAAAAUUGGGGCAGAUCAAGGUGGAUGCUGUGAUGGUCAAGAGGAACUCAUGCUUUUACCACCUUCCUGAAACUUUGCCUCUAAAGCAUGUUUUCCAGCAUCUAAAGGGAAUUAGGUCGCUUCAUGUUGAAGUUUGCCAAUAUGGCAUUUUAUAUCAGUUGGGUUCAUCUGAAUAUGUCGAUGACCAAAUUUUGCAUCAGCAUGAUGAUGUUAUUAGCACUAUUUCUGGUAACACAAAAAGUAAAACUUCUAUGACCGGCACAAAAUUUGAAAAGUUAAAAUGCAGAAGAAAGAUGAAGAAGAUGAAAAGAUUUGCCUGCCUUAAAAGUGCACUAUUAGAUGCUUUAAGAAUAGCCCAUUUGACAAAGAUGAAGAAGAAGAAACGGAACAAAGCUAGGAAAAGGUAUAAAUUUAACUGCCCAGAAGGACCUGAUGAGCCUCUAGUUGUUUCGAAGGCAAGCUUUGCUCUUCCCACAUAUUGUUGUGAAGGUAGGGGAGACAAGGAACAGAGUUUUUGUCCAGCAGCAGAGUCCCAUUGUGAAGAUUUAUCAGAAGCAGUUUCAGUUUCGGGCAUUAUCAGGAAAUAUUUCUCAAUUCAUGAUGAGGUGAAUUCAAGCUUAAGGUAUACUCAUGAAGGAGCUCGUACUUUACAAGGUGAACAGACAAUGACUCGAACGUAUCUUCGUGAUCUUAAUGUAGAACAUUCUUUGCUUUCUCCUUUUCCAGCUAAAGCACCUCUGCAAAUCUCAGAUGCUCCACUUCCAAAUGAAAGCGUUAGCAGAGCCCCAGUAAAUAAGUCUAAAAGGAUUGAAAUUGGAAGUCGUAUUAUUUCUGCCUCAAAAAGUCUCUCUCGUGUUCACUGUAGGAGACUGCUGCCCAAAUCUGCUUCUCUUAUUCGAAGUCUAGUAUUUGAGAUGUCUGAUGAGGAUUAGUGAAGAUUACACUUCUGAUACACCACCUUGAAAAGUUUCAUGCCAUUUCUGGUCCACAUUGCCGAUAGAGAGAUUUGAGCUAAGGUGUAGUAGCGAGAUGUUACAUAACAAUGCAGAUAUGAGCUUCAUUUCUGUACUGAACUUCUCCUUUCCGUUUUUAGUCUUCAGCUUUUAGGCUUUGUCGUCAAAGGCAAUUAAAAAUGUAGCUUGGUGUUGGUCCGGUUUCUGGUUUAGUUCUAUUGAUGAAGAUCUUCAAUCGUAUAUUUGAGGCUGCUGUAAAGAUUUGUGGCCUAUUUCU